AUGAAAAAACUCCAAAUUGAUUCUAUCAUGUCUUUUACCAUUGAUAAAAUCCUUAUUAGUUUUGGUUUUAUUAUCUUAUUCACUUUACUCAUCGGUACACGUGUUGGUCUUGCUAUCGAUAUUACUUAUCCCGAUCAUUUUCUUCAAUUAAAUGAUGAUCGUAAUCCUGGCGAUUAUAUUCAUUAUUUGGGUAAACGACGUUUUUUACCUACACGACGUGAAUCAGAACAAUAUGUCAAUGAUAAUGUCAGCAGUGAAGACGAUGAAGAUUAUUCAAAUUUAAAUAAAAAACGAUAUUUUCUGAGAACCAGACGUUAUUUUCUUAAAACAAAACGAAAUUAUGAUUGA